UCCUGUUGCAGCCAGCAAAGCCUAAGGAUUACCACAGCCGCCACAACCAAGUGAAACAAACAACAAACAAAACCAACAACAAACAUAUAGUGUAUAUAACUGUGUGUUAGUGAAGUGUGAAUUGGUGUAUAUUUUAAAGAAUUUUUCAACAACAAAAAUUUGUAACAAAAUGCAUACCAAAGUGAUCUUAUUCGCAACGAUUGUGGCUGGCGUUGCGCUCAGCACCGCCUUACCGGUCGGUGACAACGAAAAUGGCAAGUAUCAGAAUUCGGUAGAUAAUAAAAAUGAUGGCAAAUAUCGUCCAAGCAAUGAUGGCAAAUAUCGUCCAAGUUCUCGCGACGAAGGCGCAAGAGGCGGUUACUAUGAUGCUCAGGGACGUUACAUACACAGUUCGCAGCCAUAUCGUCACGUGCACGAUAAUCGAGAACUUGGCAAAUACACGCACAUCCCCUACCCCUAUGAUGGUGGUUAUGGGCCAUACAACGGAUCCAAUAUUCCGUAUAUGCAUGUCGAUGUGCCCUAUGAUCACAAUCUUUACACAUCCACAACUACUACAACGAAGAAACCCACAACAACAACCACCACAACAACAACGACUACAACUACCACAACACCACGUACGGUAUUGUUCAACUACGAUGAGGAGGGCAAAUACAAGGUAGUGCAUCAGGAGGAUGCGCGCAAACAGGACAAAUACGAUCACUCUUACUUGACUGAGAACGGCAUCUAUGGCGAAGAGCAAGCGAAAUUGCACAAAAACGGCGGCACCGACGCUAAGGGCUUCUACGAAUACACCGGCGAUGAUGGCAAGCUUUACCGCGUCCAUUACGAAAGCAACCACAAAGGUUUCGUACCCAAGGGCGAUCACAUUCCCACACCACCACCAAUCCCAGAGGCCAUCGCACGCGCACUUAAAUAUGUCGACGAUUUGCGCAAAUCUCGCGGUGAAAUGCCCAUGUUCGAUCAGCGCGGUUUCCGCAUCGACCAAAUGUCAUCCAAGGACAUCAUGGCCAAAAUCAAGUCCAUCCACUUGGAGGAGAUGCCCAAAGAGAUCAGCGAACAAAUUAUUGAAUUGCAACAUGAAGUCGAACAGUAUCAACAAAUGAUACAGGCAUACGAGCAAGAGCAGCCACGUGAGCAAUAUGUCGAAGAGUACCAACAGCCACAGCAAGUAUAUGAGCAGCAGCAACAAUAUGAUCAGCAAUAUCAAGAGUACCAACGCGAGUUGUACAACGAACCGGCCACCGAGAGCAACACACAGGAGUACAACUAAGCCGAGCAGUUCGCUGCAAACAGGUGCCAUUUAAUAACAAACAAGGAAAAAUAUAGCAAUAACAAAUUUAACAAAUUGAUCAAAACAAAUUGAGAAUUAGACGAAUUGCAGCACAUAAACUAAGUAACACGAACGAUUGGCUCGUUUUUAUAGUAAUUACUUAAAUAAAUGUUACUGCAUACUUAUAUUAUUUAAAUUAUGUAAUUAUGUAAAAGAAGAAGAAAAAUGGAACUAAAAUUAGCGCUAAGUUAAAACGAAAUAUUCACGCUUCACACACAUCAACGAACAUGAACUGCCAUUAAGCAUCUAAAAAGCUUGUUGGCUCAAAUCAAAUGCCGCAAGGAGUGGGCGCAUAAGCACAGCAGCAACCUGUCCGACAGCAAACAGCCAACAAAGACGACGUCACAUCGUACGCACCAGGAAGUGAAGAAGUCACGGAAGACGCACAUCAACACGCAUCUCACACACAUACACAUAGCACACCCUUCCCCCACUGAAAAGCAACAAAAUACAAAAAACAUUCCCCACAAAACAAAAACAAAAAGUAAAAAACGCAAAAAAAAUACAAUAACAAAUGUUAAGAAUUAAUUUCAUAUUUAACUAUUUAUAAUAAAUUUAUUAGUAAUCUCAACAAACUGAGAAAUAAGUCAUAAAAAUGUGUUAUACAAGUAUGUAAUAAAAAUUUAACCAAA